AUGAGCACAAUGGCUAGCCAAGCGGAAGGUAAAAGUAAUACUAACCAGAAGGUGGCAGCCUUUAUGGCUGCCUUUGCCUUAUCCCAGUUACCUCGUUUAGCAGUUUCGGCUGGUAAGUUUUCUGCUGUAAGGUUCAGGAUCAGUUCCAGCUAUAUUCCUCUCUUCCUCAAUCAGAUGAUUAUCUCAUAUAGGAUUGCUGCUUUACUUGGGACAAUGGUGAUGAAUGGUUUAGUUCUUGGUUCUUCUACAUUUAAGGAUCGUCUGAAUAUUGUGUCUUCCAUAUGUACUUCUUCAAUGUCCCUUUGUUAUGCUGUAACGUUAGUGACAUUCUACACUGGAGGAGACCAAGGGUACAUCACAGCUUAUUACUGGAGUAUUGUAUUGACGUCAUUCAUGUACGGUUGUACUGUUGUCUCUGUAACAACUUUGGCGUCGAGCGAAAUCGCGGCGUAUCUAGCGGCUAUACCAGCGGCAUGUAUCGUUUCUUCUUCGUACCAUCUCUCAUUUGUAAAGUUUGGGAACAAAUUUCGACUUCAGAAUAUAAACUACUGGGUAGUAGUAUGGCAAAUUAUCAUUGCUAUUUGUUUAGCAGUAAUUGCUGCAGGAAUUUGGAUACCUGCGUACGGUACUGAAAAGGCCGCUGGUUCUGGUACUAGUACUCAAGAAGAUGAUUUUUGGACUGGUUUGAGCCUGUCUGGAUCACCACUAUUUUUGGCUGCAUUUGGUUAUGGACUACAGUAUGCCUUCUACCCUGCUAUUGCUCCUUAUAAACUUGCUGGUAUUCAAAAGGGUUUUUACAUUUCCUUGGCACUGCUUUAUACUGGAGCAAUACCACCUGCAAUUCUACUAUAUCUAAAGGAGGCAAAGAAGGGUCCAGACAGGAAGUGGGAUAGUGUAAAUAUUUGGUGGCAUUAUUCUUGGCUCUUUUUUGUUCUAGAGGUGACAUGUGCAUACAUUUUCACGAUUAUAUUGCACUAUCCAGAUGGGUUUAUAGCCAGAACACUUCGGCAUAGCACUAUACUCCUCACACUUGUUAUUGUCUUGUAUGAUAUGUGUGUACAUACUACUAGGGGUAUUGGAUCUAACGGGGCCUCCAGACAAACCAAGAAUAAUGAUGGUAAGAAAAACCCUAAAAUGGCUACAUUAAACACAUUACUUUAUUCUAUAACGCAGUUGAUAUUCGCCUUUCUGGGUAAUGGUUAUCUCAAGACAUACAGACAGGCAGAGAAGGAUCUAGACAACUGGCCUACAAAACACUAUGGAACCUUGAAGUCUUUCAGAUAUUGGCUUGGGUGCUCCACCAAGUGUGCAUGCAAAAAUCUUGUGACGGCCUUCACUACAGACGUCAGAGGAUCUAUCGUUGAAAAGAGGGAGUUUCUCUAUAUUGUCUAUUCUGAUGACACUGAUAAUAGUAGCAAGCCUCCUAAGACGAAAAAUCCUACAGUAAUGAAGAUAGUUUAUGACAUAUAA